GACGAGAGCGAGGGGAUGAGGCCGGGGACAGAAAACAGCGAGGAACAGGCGCAGCAAAAGGCGGGAAGGAAGCUGUCCGCUGUCCCCCUCUUGUCCCCCCUUCUCGUGCUCCCCCGCCCCUCUUUCUGUUCUAUAUAUAUAUAAUCCCUCUCCUCGCCUCUGCAUCCCGCCGAUCGCAGCGUAAUUCGUUGAAGCAGAGCGAUGGAGAAGGCACACUACUUGUGGGGGAGCAGGAGGAGGGAUGGUUUGGUGCGAUUGCGGGACCUGGUGGAGGAGGACGAUGACGGUGAGGCGCCGGAGUGCGACCUCGAGAUCCCGAUGAUUCCCCCGCCGCAGACCCCCCGCGAGCCGAUGGAGUUCCUGUCCAGGUCCUGGAGCGUCUCCGCCGCCGAGAUCUCCAAGGCCCUCCUCGCCGGGAACAAGAGGAGGAACUUCGUGGUGGAUCGUCUGCCUGAAAUGAUGCCUCCGGACUCUUUGGUCGUCGCUGCGUCCACUGCCGGCGCCUCUCUGACCAUCAAUAAACGACCGCGCGGUGGCGUGAACAACAUGAUUACCCACAAUGGAACGAUUGGGAAAUUGUUUCACCACAGAGAAAGCUGCAGAGCCAAAGUGAGGAGCAAGGAGAAAGCCCGCGCCGAGAGAGCCCGCAUCCACGCCGCAGUGUCCGCCGCCGGAGUCGCCGCGGCCGUCGCCGCUGUCGUCGCCGCCUCGGAGAACCAAACAUCGAAGAUGAGCGCCGCCAUGGUCUCCGCUACCGAGAUCUUAGCCUCGCACUGCAUCGAGAUCGCGGAGCAAGCGGGGGCCGACCGUGACCUUGUGGCUUCUUCUAUCCGAUCUGCGGUCGACGUGAAAUCAGCCGGAGAUCUGAUGACCCUCACAGCCGCCGCCGCAACAGCGCUACGAGGAGCUGCAGCGUUAAAGUUGAGGCUGCAAAGGGAAGCAAGGACCAACGCUGCCACCGUCAUUCCUUGCGAGAAGAGUCAAUGUGGGAGCCCAGAUAUCUGGUGCAAAGAAGGCGAGCUGCUCAAACGCACCCGUAAAGGAACUUUACACUGGAAGAGAGUAUCAGUCUACAUCAACAGGAAGUCACAGGUCAUAGUGAAGCUCAAAAGUAAGCAUAUAGGAGGGGCACUUUCAAAGAAGAAAAAGAGUGUUGUCUAUGGUGUGUACGAUGAAAUUCCUGCCUGGCCUGAGCGUUCAAAGGAGUGUGUGGAGGAGAGAUGCUACUUUGGCCUGAGAACAGCGCAAGGUCUGAUUGAGUUUGAGUGUGAGAACAGCAUCACAAAGCAAAAGUGGGUGGACGGAGUGCAGAACUUGCUUAGGCAAGUAUCAAGUGAUCAUGGUGAGAAAAUAGAGCACUCCAUGGAGCUACUAAAACUCACUUGAUGCAUCUAUGAAGGUAUAUGUUCGUGCACAUAGUUAUAGUCUUAUAGAGUAAAGAAAUUUGUUAUUUCCCCUAUUGUGAUAUUCAAAUGUCACCAUGUGAAA